UGACCGUCUAUCAAUUGUGCGUUGGAUCUUGUACGAGUUUGAAUAUUUGAACAUCGUGACGGAACAAAGCUUUCUCAGAGGCAAAAAAUGGCACCACCAGCUACACUCGCCCUACUUCUGGUGUGUCUGGGCACAGCACCCACUUUGAUCUCCGGUCUGCGAAUCCUCGGCUUGUUUCCAUUCCAUUCGAAAAGCCACUUUGUCAUGUGCGAAGCGGUAAUGAAAGGCUUAGCAGCCAAGGGCCACCGAGUCGACGUGUACAGCCAUUUUCCCCAAUCGGAACCCGUGCCCAAUUACACGGACUUCAGUCUCGAGGGUACAUUGGAAGUACUGGUGAACAAUUUCACUCACGACAACGUCGUGAAUAACAAAGCCCUCGCGGGAUUCCUCAUGAACGAGAGCACGGAAUGGAUAAGAUCGAUGUGCAAGCUACUGGAUCACCCGCACUUUGAAAAACUUUUGAACAACCCACCGCAAGAUCCGCCCUACGACCUCGUGAUUUUAGAGUUUGCCUUGCCGAUAUGUUUCGUUCCUUUUGGCCGUCGUUUAAACGUGCCAAUGAUCGGUAUCGUCACCGUGGCGACACUCGACGAUAUUCAACAUCCCCUGGGUAGUCCGCAAAAUUUGGCAACAGAUCCGAGCGUUUUCUCGGAGUACAGUGCCCCCAUGAGUUUUACGGAACGACUGCAAAACUUCAUCACAUUUCACGUGGCCAGAGUAACGAACGAAUUUUUGGGAGUGGCACAAAACAACGAGUGCAUACGAAAGGUAUUUGGGCCCGAUUGCCCCGGUAGCCCCGAAAUUUUGAAGGAUUUUUCGUUGAUUCUGAUUAACCAAAACAAAGCGAUUAACGGAAUCAGGGCCUUUACCCCUGCCAUUGUGCCGGUCGGAGGCCUGCACAUUGUCGAAAAAAACGAAACUUUGCCGCAGGACGUGCAAAAAUGGUUGGACGAUAGCGAGCACGGAUGCGUUUAUUUUUCCUUCGGGUCGAUGGUCAAGCUGGAAACUUUUCCGCGGCCCUUGAUUCAACAACUCUACGGGGCAUUUGCAAAUAUUGCGCCAACCCGCGUACUCCUGAGGGUCGUGGACCGAGAGCUGCUACCCGAUGGAAUCCCCUCGAACGUCAUGAUCAAGCCGUGGCUGCAACAGAUGCAAAUUUUAAAACACAAAAAUGUAAAAGUUUUCGUUACUCACGGUGGACUGAUGAGUACUCAAGAAGCAAUUCACUACGAAGUACCGAUGAUCGGCAUUCCGCUGUUUAUCGAUCAACAUAUGAACAUCGAUGCGUACGUUAAGCUAAAGAUCGCCGUAAGAAUCAACAAAAAUGAAAUCAGUGAGGAGUCGCUGACGAGCGCUCUCAGGGAAGUUCUUGGCAAUCCCACGUACAAGGAAUCGAUUCGGAGGAUUGGCAGGAAAUUCCGCGACAAUUUGGCGAAUCCAGUCGACACGGCUGUCUAUUGGGUGGAGUACGUGCACAGGCAUGGCAAAGACGCCCUGAGAUCUCUAUUGGUCGACAUGCCCUGGUGGCAAAUUUAUCUGCUCGACGUUUAUGGUGUCAUUGUUGCUGCGAUAAUUCUUUGCGUGCUUAUAUUGUACAAAUUUUACUUGGUUCUGGCUGUUUCUUGUCGUAGCUUGUAUCACAAGUUAAUUUUAAAAGACAAAAAAAACAAUUAA